AUGAAGAAUCCACUUUUCAAAUUCGAGCGAAAUCUCAACGAAUUCACCGAGUUGAUGCAAAUUGAGAAUUUGAUAAAGAUAAUUGAGAGUUUAGAUUCUAAUGAUCCAAAUCAAACCAAAAAUCUACCAGGUUUCGAACACAUUUACAAGUUGUUCAGCAAUCUUGAUUCUAACAAUAAUCAUUUUCAAAUUUACCUCGAUUUUGACAAAUUUAAAAUUGUUCUCGAUAUUUUAAUUAUUCUAAUUUCCAAUGAUUCUGAUAAAGAGCAACAACUUAAAAAGCUACUCGGCCUCAAAAUUUCAAUAUUACUGAAAUUCUUCACAUCUUAA